CCAUCGAUGCAGUUUUUUCUUACCGCGCAGUUUGUUUAUGUAUACCUGUGCUAUCGAAUCCCACGACCUUUGCUCGGCUCGUAUAACCCCUUAUUACUGUAUAAUAAUAAUAUAUAUAUAUACGUGUGUGUGUAUUCAAAAAUAUAAUUAUACAUUAUGUUAAGAAAUAUGAAUGAUAAUGCAUGGAGAAUCUGAAGAAUUUACGAUACAACAUCGUCUAAUAUAAAUAUUUAAACGGUCAUGGAAAAUCGAAUUCAUGAGGAAUUAAUUAUAAAAGAAGAAGAAAACGGAGAAGAAGAAUGUGAAUCUUCAACAAGCAAAAAAGAAGGAACGACACGAGAUAACACUGAAACGGCAAUUGGUAUACGACCAAGGCCUUUGAUCUAUAAACCAGAUAAUGCAAACAUAGGGUGUAGGUCAGAACCUAUAGAAAGGAAAUGGCAUUGGGCACCAGGAGCAUGGCAAGAUGCAACCAGAACCAGUGCCUUUCAACCAUACAAGCCGCCGACUUUGUUAACUAAUUUGCAAAGAGGUAAUACGCGAACAAAAAUACCUCAACUUUAUGGAAGAACAGACAUUACAUUUCAUACGUUAGCUGGCCAGGGAGAACUUACUCCUGAAAGCAUUCAACCAGGAUCUGUAGAUCUUCCAGAUGAGAAAGGUUUAACAGGUCUUAUGUGGGCUGCAGGAUACGGACAAUUAGGUAGUGCAAGACAGCUGUUAAAGGCUGGUGCAAACAAAAAUUAUCGUGGUCACAAUGGGGAGACUCCUUUACAUUUAGCUGCUGCUUAUGGACAUCAUGAUCUUGUAAAGUUACUUUUGAAUCAUGGUGCUGAUUCGAAUGCAAGUGACGAGGAAGGAAACACACCUCUUAUUUACGGAGCUCAUGGCGAUCAUCCACAUGUUUGUUUCGAACUUUUGUCUAGAGGGGCAGAUAUUACACAUCGUAAUGUGCACAAUAUAAGUGCAUAUCAAGCUGCAAUAAUAAAUAAUUCGUUAACUGCUAAAGCAGUUAUUGAAAACUAUCUGUUGCAGCAAGUAGUAAAUGUACCAUCGGAUAUAUUGCAAUAACUUGUUAAUUAUAUAUUGUUUAAAUAUUUUUAAACGUUGUGUAAAUAUUAUCAUUAUUAUAAUAAAUAUAUAUUAUUUUGUA